CAAGAUGGCAGCCCUCAUAUUGAGCCGCUGCUUCCUUCUGGCGCGGAAAGUGCCUCUGCCUCCGCUCUCUGUGGCAGGUGAAAGAGGACUGCUUUCUGCAGCAUAUGUGGACAGCCAUAAAUGGGAAGCAAGAGAAAAAGAACAUUGUCACCUCGCUGAUCUAGCAUCUUUAAUGGAUAAAACAUAUGAGAGAAAGUUGCCUGUUAGUUCUUUAACAAUAUCGCGGUUUGUGGACAACAUUUCCUCUAGAGAAGAGAUAGACCAUGCCGAGUAUUACCUUUACAAAUUUCGACACAGCCCCAACUGCUGGUACCUGAGAGACUGGACUAUCCACACCUGGAUUAGGCAGUGUUUAAAAUACGGUGCACAAGACAAAGCCUUAUAUACACUUGUAAAUAAGGUCCAGUAUGGAAUUUUUCCAGAUAACUUUACAUUCAAUUUACUGAUGGAUUAUUUCAUAAAGAACGAAAAUUACAAAGAUGCUUUAUCUGUGGUUUUUGAGAUCAUGAUGCAAGAAGCCUUUGAAGUACCUUCCACCCAGCUUCUGUCACUCCAUGUUUUAUACCAUUGCCUGGCCAAGAAGACAGACUGCAGCUGGGAAGAGGAAAGGAACUUUGGUGCAUCCCUAUUACUCCCAGGCCUAAAGCAAAACAACUCAGUGGGGUUAAGUUCCCAGUUAUAUGGCUAUGCACUUCUUGGGAAGGUGGAGCUGCAGCGAGGGCUGCGGGCUGUGUACCAUAAUAUGCCUCUGCUGUGGCAACCUGGCUACCUUGACCGAGCCCUUCAAGUGAUGGAGAAGGUGGCCUCAUCCCCGGACGAUGGGAAGCUGUGUGCAGAAGCGCUGGCUGUGCUGGACAGCACGCUGAAGACGCUGACUGCUCCGGCCCCCGGGGCUUCGGAGGAGCAACCCCAGGAAGGGCAAGCCAGCCGGGGCUCAGAAGAGCUGCUGGAGCAGCUGGACGUGGAGGAGACGGAACAGUCCAAGCUUCCCCAGUACCUGGAACGAUUUAAGGACUUGCACUCCAAGCUUGAGGCCCUGAGCAGAGUUGAGUCAGAAAGCCUUUUGACUCUGACGGCCCAGCUUCUGCAGGAACAGCUCCCCACCUGCGAAGCCCAGGACAUGGCAGCCUACGAGCAGAAGCUGCAGCACUGGCACCUGGAGCAGGCGCACUUGAUUCAGAGGGAACGGGAGCAGAGGGAGAGGGCAAAGCAGGAGCACGAGGCCCGAAGAGCAGCAAAGGUGUCUGCCUAGCAGGCCCACAGCACCCCGGCCCCCACCACAAGCUUCCCCAGCCCCGCCUGGGACUCACAGCAACUGUGGGCAGCCUCAGCCUCCUCCCUCCGGCCUCUCCUUUGCCUAAAGCAGGCCGUCUGCAGGACCAGAGCCCCGGUGGUCAACAUAGUAAGGCACUGUGACUUCCCAUCACAUGCCGAGAAGGGCUGCAGAACCGUGAGUGGCA